CAGCACUACUUUGUUGGCGUUCUCCUUUUAAAUUAUUUUCGGCUUGUUUUUGUUUGUUUAUAAAAAUUAAAGCUGAAACUAUAAGUGAAACAUAGUUAACUAUGCUACCAUAUCGAAAUUAUGGAGAAACAAUUGAUGAAUUCGAGGUACAGCACCUACUGGGCAAAGGAGGAUUCGCUCGUGUUUACAAGGCAAAAUGCCUGCGUACACAUCAAGACGUGGCCAUCAAAAUGAUUGACAAGAAGCUCAUACAGGGCUCUGGAUUGUCGAACCGAGUUCGGCAAGAGGUUGAAAUACAUUCCCGCCUGAAGCACCCGUCUGUGCUGCAGCUGUAUACAUUUUUCCAAGAUGCAAACUAUGUAUAUUUAGUUUUGGAACUGGCCGACAACGGGGAACUGCAUCGGUACAUGAACCAGCAAAUGAAACGUCCCUUUACCGAGGAGGAAGCCGCAUCCAUUCUUCGGCAGGUGGUAGCUGGUCUGCUCUACUUGCACUCACACAACAUCAUGCACCGCGAUAUAUCACUGUCCAAUUUAUUGCUAACCCGAGACAUGCAGGUAAAGAUAGCCGACUUUGGUCUGGCAACGCAACUGAAACGACCCGACGAAAGACACAUGACCAUGUGUGGAACUCCGAAUUAUAUUUCGCCAGAAGUGGUUUCACAUUUGUCACACGGCUUGCCAGCCGAUCUUUGGAGUGUCGGUUGUAUGCUGUAUACGCUCUUGGUUGGCCGACCGCCCUUUGACACCGACGCUGUACAGUCCACACUCAAUAAGGUGGUUCACUCCGACUACACAAUGCCAACCCAUUUGUCCUAUGAGGUACGCGAUUUGAUUGAUAAACUUCUGAGGAAGAAUCCGCAUGAGCGCAUCUCACUUGACCAUGUCCUUAGACACCCAUUCAUGCUGAAGGCUGCCGGAAGCACAAUGUCGUACACAACGCCUGGCGCGUCGGACGCUUAUAGCCAAAGCAUUGCCAGCGGCGACAGCGGAAUCGUCACUUUUGCAAGCAAUGAUUCAAAAAACUCACACAGGCUGCGUUCUGUGGAACAACAAUCCACACAAAACAUGUUGCCGCAGAUUCAAGAGGAAUUCGGAUACUAUCAAGAGCAACAUGAUAAGUUUCCAAAACAGACAACAUUUGACAGCACGGAAAUGGAUUGGCAGAGAAUUGGGAAUGGUGCACAGCAGAAUGGACAUUUUUUAUCACAUUCCACGCCAGCUAUUGCUCCUGUUGUGGUUAGCCGUAAUGCUGGAAGAGAAAAUAAGGAGCGAAUCUCGGUGCCACCCUUGAACACUCUGAGAUUGCAGCCAACGCGAUACAAAACAAAAAAUGCCAUUAUGAGUAUUUUAGCAAACGGAGAAGUUGUAAUUGAGUUUAUCAAGUGUAAGAGUAAAAUGAACGAAGAUCGUAUAAUUGAUGUUUGUCGCAUUUCCAACGAUGGACGCCGCAUUAUAAUAUACCAACCGGAUCCAGGACGAGGGCUGCCGAUAAGAGAUCAGCCAGCAGAGAAUCAUUUGGGCAGCCAGGAUUGCACUUAUGACUACGAAAAUUUGCCACACAAACACUGGAAGAAAUAUGUUUAUGCUGCUCGUUUUGUGGGCCUGGUGAAAAGUAAGACACCAAAGGUGACAUAUUUCAGUACCCUGGCGAAAUGCCACCUGAUGGAAAAUCUGGCUGACUUCGAGAUGAACUAUUACUCUGGAGUCAAACUGACAAAGUCGCCCAGUGAAGGUAUUAAGGUAUAUGAUGCGCAUGGCGUGCUGUUGUCAGAUCAUACCAACAUCGAGACAAAGGCACUCAUUGACCACAGUAACGAGUGCUUUGCGCACUGCCUUAGCAUCUGUAAUGCCCUGGAGCUUGCUCAGACAGGGAACAAUACCUGCUUUCCUGUUACAAUAGGUCGUCGGCCAAUAGCACAGAUGCCGCCAUCACAACGCUCGGAAGGCCUACGGGAUACAACAAAUUUUGCAUAUUCCACACCCAAAUCACAACAGGGGUCAAUCAACUUUUCCAUUAGUACCAUUUCGUCGAUGCGCAGUGGAAGCGAUUUAAUUGGAUCUCAGAUGUUAGCAGCCCAACAAAACGUACCCAUUAAACGGUUGAAUAUACCAGGCGUAGGCUCUGCCACUGAGCUGUCCCAUGGUGUUGUGCAAGUGCAAUUCUAUGAUGGAUCGGUAAUUUCAGUCAUACCAGAAGCACAAGGAGGCGGCGUUACAUAUACGCAACCAAAUGGAGUAUCCACCCACUUCCCGGACCAUGACGACCUACCAUUAUCGGUUAGGGAUCGACUUUCCCAACUGCCCCAAGUGCAGAUGAAGUUAAAGUGUGCCCCCCUGAUCGGCAGCAAAAAAUUUGACUGCAACGCGAUAAAUUCCAAGUCGGCAACUUCUGCGCCUUGGCAUAAUCGCAUGCUAAUCUAAACUAAACAUAACUAAAUAUUAAUCGUGUUUUAAGAAAAAAA